UUAUUUUCUAAAUUUUAUUAUUACCCCGGGGGCAUAACACAAAACAACACAGCCUUGUUUUAGAGAAGAAAAAAAAAGUGAAAAUGUCCUUCGAUCCGUGCAGUGAGCCAAUGCUGGCCACCGGUGGAUAUGAUCACACCAUCAAACUGUGGCAACCGUACUCCGGGUUUUGCUAUCGUACCUUACAACAUACGGAUUCGCAAGUAAACGCUCUGGACAUCAAUCCGAACGGGACCAUCCUUGCCGCUGGCGGCUAUCAACACAUCAGACUGUACGACAUGAACUACAGCUAUCCGGUUGUAAAUUUCGAGAAUGUGCUUAAAAAUGUGACCCGCGUUGGUUUCCAGGAGAAUGGCAAGUGGAUGUUCACCGGGGGAGAGGAUUGUCGGGUACGGAUAUGGGAUAUGAGCUCGCAGAGUCCGACCUGCAAACGCCUCUUUGAUUGCCUCACACCAGUCAAUGCCGUUUGCUUACAUCCGAACCAAAUCGAACUAGCCAUCGGUAGUCAGGGAGGCAGCGUGUACCUCUGGGAUGUCCAGUCGGACGUCCACGAGCAGCUGAUUCCGGAAGUGGAAUCAUCCAUUCAGGAUAUUGCCAUCAGUCCGAACGGGGCCUACAUGGCUGCAGUGAACAAUAAAGGCAACUGUUACAUUUGGAGCCUUACCAACCGAUCCAACAGUGAAAUGCAGCUAACACAGACUGACCCGAAGCUAAAAAUAGAAGCACACAAAAAGUACGCUCUUCGGUGUCGCUUCAGUCCAGACUCGAGUCUACUGGUUACAUGUUCCGGCGAUGGAACAGCUAAGAUCUACCGCACGGACUCAUUUGCGCUGCAGGCGGAGCUCAAAGUCGAAAAGUGCUGGAUGUGGGACGCUGUGUUCAGUAACGAUUCGAAGUAUUUAUUUACCGCUUCAUCGGACGGAAAAGCUCGGUUAUGGAAAAUCGAAACGAAAUCCAUCGAACGCGAAUACCAAGCUCAUCUGAAAGCGCUAACGGCGCUUGCCUUUAGGGACGGGACAGUGAAGGGCUAAUUUAUACUAAAAAACACUAGUUCUAAACCUAAUUCUGUAUUUCCUCUCUUCUCCAAUACAAGAUAGUAAAGUAUCAAAACUUAAAUUA